UUCGAAAGGAUUUUGUGUAAAUAGGCAAAUUCUCGAAGAACGAAUUUUCGUGUUUGAUAAGUGCCUAAAAUUCUGGAGUGGUCAUUGUGUGGAAUGCUAUGCCGGGUACCACUUGACUUCCGACGGACUCUCGUGUGUGGCGUGCACUGAUAAAAAUGCACUUCGUUGCAACAACGAAGACACACCCAUUCAAUGCAAUUCUUUUUUUGUGCUUAGUGAUGGCACCUGUACCCCUAGGACACUCAAUGACGGGUGCUUAUCAUACGAAAAUUUCAAAUGCCUCAAAUGUGCAAAUUCAAAGGCUGUGACGUACCCAGAAGGCAAUUGCGCCACCUGUGGAGACGAAAAGUGUGUUUCAUGCGCGAAACAAAAUUCGGAAGAAAAGUGUUUAAUUUGUGACAACUCUAAGCUGAAUGGGAAUAUCUGUGAAUUUCCACUCAAUUCAAAAAGUUCGACCACAGCUGGAAUAGUUGAUUGUGAUGAAGGGUAUGUUUUAAAAAGUAAUGUAUGUUAUUCAUGUGGGGAAAUAUUUGGGCCUUGUAAAAAGUGUACCUUAACAGAAUGUUUAACAUGUGAAAUUGACAAUGUUCUUGAAGAUGGAAAGUGUGUUUCGAGCAACUGCAAAACUGUUAUCGAUGGGAUCUGUGAAAGUUGCCAAGCCAAGAACGAAUUUAACAAUAAAACAAACUGUGAAGUAAUCGAAGAAAAGUGUGUUGCAUAUGACGGCGUUGGGAAUUGUAUUUCGUGUUCUUCUGGAUUGCAAUUAAGUAAUGGAAAAUGCUCAAAUACGAAGGGCGAUAACUGCCAAGACGCAAACGAGUUUGGAUGCUUUUCAUGUGAGAGUGGAAAUUUUCUCAACACAGAAAAAACGUGUCAACCAUGUUCCAAUGAAUGUGGGACGUGUGUUGAUACUGGAGAAUUUUGUUUGGUAUGUAAAAAUUUGAGUUACACAAAGAAUUUAAUUUCACACAGUUGUCUACAAAACGAGGAACUCCAGAAUACGUGCGAAAUUUUUUCCCAGUUUGGAUGCUUGGUGUGUAAAAGUGGCUAUUUUAUGAACAACUUCACGUGUGUACGAUGUGUUGACAAUUGCCAAUAUUGUAGAGAUUCAAAUGAAUGUGUUGAAUGCGCUGAUGAUUCAUAUCUCACCCCUACGAAUCAAUGCAAAAGGAUUUCUUUGGUUAUUGGCUGCUCGUCGGAAGUUGACAAAAACUUUGGGUGUACAAAGUGCAGAGUUGGAUAUUAUUUGAAGGACAGAGAUUGCACCGAGUGCGACUUAAGUUGUGUUUCAUGCAAUAUGUACACUUGCAACGAGUGUAUUGCAGAUAACGUCAUUGUCGAUUCAACGUGUAUUCCAUACACUUUGAUCACCAAUUGUCUUGAAGCUCGUAACUCAAAGUGUUCGAAGUGUUCAAUAUAUUACAAAACAUCAAAAGAUGGUAGUUAUUGUGAAAAAUAUACACCAGCAUGGCUCGUAAUUGUUAUCGUUUUUGCGAUUCUUGUGAUGUUCGUUCUAUUUGUUGCGUUGUUGUUAAUCGCUUCUCUUGUUUUAUUGAAGAAGAUGAAAGAGCGACGCAUGAAAAAGCAAAUCAACUUGUUCAAAAUUAAAAAGAGCAACAAAAAUUUAAGACAGUGUGCGAAUAUUGUCAUAGACAAAUUGGUUGUUUUCUGUGAUGAAGAGGAAGAGCCUUUAGUUCUCCCCGUCAAGUCUCAAACGGAGGAUAAUGUCACUGUUGGAAACAUAUCGAAGUACCCGGUCAAAUUUUCGUUUGCAAUAGCUAAUGGUUUGGAGGAUAAGUUCACACUUGAAACGUCCCCAUCAUCUUUCACGUUGAAAAAGGGUAUGGCGUGUACGUUCAAGUUUUUCUUGCAACCAAAGUGUAGUUGUACAAUAAACGAAGAGAUUACGUUAAGUUGCACGGAUCUUAAAACGUGUAAAAUAACUGAAAUUAAAAUUCGUUUAAACGCGCGAACGAAGCAAACAACGAUACUUGACUUUGACGAUAUCGACAUUGAGAAAAAGAUAGGGGAAGGUGGAUUUGGUGUUGUAUACAAAGGUGUGUUUAAGGAAAAACCCGUUGCUGUGAAGAUCAUGAAAGACUUAAAUUUGACGGACGAGUCGAUUCAGGAGUUCGAAAAAGAAGUUGAGAUGCUCGACAAGUUCAGGUGUGAGUACAUCGUACAUUUCUAUGGUGCAGUCUUUAUCCCAACGAAAAUCUGUAUGGUGACUGAAUUCGCAGAUUAUGGGAGCGUCAAAGACUUUAUGGACAAGCACCCAAAGAAAAUCAGAAAGUCGAUGCGUGUAAAAAUAAUGCUCGACGCCGCGAAGGGAAUACAAUACUUACACAACAAUGGGAUCAUUCAUAGAGACAUCAAACCGGACAACAUCUUACUCUUUUCAUUGCAACCGAAUGUACAAAUCAAUGCAAAAUUGACCGAUUUUGGGUCUUCGAGAAAUGUGAAUAUGUUGCUCACAAAUAUGACGUUCACAAAAGGAAUUGGAACGCCAAUUUACAUGGCACCAGAGGUCUUAUGUGGUGGAAAGAAGUACAAAAUAUUUGCGGAUAUCUUUUCGUAUGGGAUCACACUAUACGAGGUCAUGAACUGGGGCGGGUUGUACCCACUCGACCAAUUCCCAUUUCCUUGGUCUGUUGCUGAAUUUGUUAACCAAGGGAAACGGCUACCAAAACCUCACAAAAUGAAUCAGUGGACAUACGACUUGAUUUCUAAGUGUUGGCUCGAUGAGCCAAAAGAUCGGAUCAAAAUCAAUGAUUUGGUUGAGUGUUUGCAAACCAACUUGGAGAAAUGUCUCAAAGAGGAAGAAGUGAAGAAACCUGUCGUAACAGUCUCAACGUUUUAA